UCCUCAUCCUCCUCUCCUUCUCCUCCUGGUCCACCUCCUCCUCCUCUUCAACAUCAUCAUCAUCGUCAUCGUCAUCCUCUUCUUCCUCCUUCCCCCUGACUCUCCCACUCGGUCUCCAUCAGUCUUCAUGGUUCUGAUCUCACCCCACGCCAUGCAAGCCACCCGGGCGUCCACCACCGUAAGUGUGUUUGCGGACUGCAGCAUCCCGGCCGGUCUCCGGAUAGGACCAGUACCAGGCAUCUUCAAACUGGGGAAGUACGUGUCGGACCGUAAGGAAGUUGGCCCAAAGAAAAAGAUCCGCCUGGUGCGGGGAGAAUGGGUGGACGAGUCGGGCUGUCCCGUGCCAGACUGGAUCGGCUUCAUCCGUGCCGCCAGGAACAGUCAAGAGCAAAACCUGGAGGCUGUGUCGGAUUUACCCGGCGGACAGAUUUUCUACCGUGUACUGAGGGAAAUUCCUGCAGGAGAGGAGCUCAGUGUUUGGUACUCCAACCCUCUGGCCCAGUGGUACGACAUCCCCACCACUGCCACUCCCACGCACGACGAGAAAGGUGAGGAGCGUUACAUCUGCUGGUACUGUUGGAGAAUAUUCAAAUACCCAAACACACUCAAGGCCCACAUCCACUUCCACUGCGCUCUGAGCAACGGGCGGGGAUUCGUGAACAGCGAGCAGGCCAGAGGCACGGAGACCUUCAGCAGGUCACCAAAGUCUGGGGACAUCCCCAACAACUCCACCUCCCCGCGGAGCAGCCACCACAACACCUCAAUCUCAGACUCUGGCAGGCGGGCAGUGUCUUCCUCGCCAUUUCUCAGCAAAGCGGGUCUGUCAAAGAAAAUCAGCUCCGAAGAGCAGGACAGGGCCCUCGACAUGAGCGUUACCUCGGCCAGAAACCACGGACACCUCCUGGGCCUCGGCGCCACAUCCUCGGUGCUGAGCAGCAUGGGCUUCCAUCCGGGCGUGCGCUCUGCCUUCAAACCAGCAGGCGUAACCAAAGCCCCGGCCGGCGAGGCCUCCAGAGAGGAGGCCAACGGGAAGCUGGGCGGCCUGGGAUUCAGCAAAGUCAUAGGUAACAUGAAAACCAUCCGCAAUGUGGGCGAGUCGUUGAACGGAGGGGCGAACCACCCUCCCAAGUGCGCACCCGCAAUAAUGGACUCGACUCCUCCGAUGGUGCCGUGCACAAACGCUAUCCGGGGUUUCCCGUUGCUGCCACAUAUUGAGGAGACCUCGGCUUUCAAGCAUGUAGAGAGCCGGAUGCAUUCCGGGCUGUCCCCCUCCCGUUACCCCCAGAUGACCCCCGGACUCCAUUUUGAAAGGUUUUCUCUCCCUCAGUUUGACAGUGUCAAACCGUACGGCGGAGACUGUAACAUCCCCCUCAUGCCCUUCACUGUAUACAACGGGGAGCUCCUAUAUAGCUCGCCGUAUUACCCGCUGAAAUUCCACUUUAGCAACCUCCUUAAGUACCCAGAGUCCAUGUCCUACUUCGGUGCGCCCUCUUUGAACCAAGACCUAGGCUCGAUCACUAACAUCGACCGGGAGAUAGCGAUGCACACGCAGCAGCUGUCCGAAAUCGCCGCGGAGAAGAACAGAGCGAGGCUGGACUCGAUGCCCGCCGGAAGCACCAACAGCACCGCGUCCGGCAAACCCAAAAAGGGACACUUGUGUCUGUACUGCGGCAAGCUCUACUCGAGGAAAUACGGGCUGAAAAUCCACAUGAGGACUCACACGGGUUACAAGCCGCUCAAAUGCAAGGUGUGCUUCCGGCCCUUUGGAGACCCCAGCAACCUGAACAAGCACAUCCGGCUGCAUGCGGAGGGAAACACACCGUACAGGUGCGAGUUCUGCGGCAAGGUGCUGGUGCGAAGGCGGGACCUGGAGCGGCACGUCAAGUCCAGACACCCCGGGCAGACCGUCAAGAAACUGGACGACAAACCGAGCGGCCUGUUUGAGGACGCAGAGCAAAAGAGCGACAAUGACAGCGACGUGGACGUGUGCUUCACCGACGACCAGAGCGACCAAGAGUCCAGUAAAAACAACGACUGAAAUGUUUCCGUGCUCGACUGGAGAGACUGCUCACUGUCUUUGAUUGGUGUAGCUUGCACUGCAAAACAUGUCAUUUAGUCUUAUACUGAGUCUGGCAUUUUUCCAUUUUUAGGACUUCAGUUCACUGAACACUACGAAAAAGACACUGCAUCUAGUAGGCCUAUCAUUUGUUACCAAAAAUUCCACAUAUAUCCACUUCCUUCGCGGGGCAAAUUGGAACAAUAAACAAUGACUGGCAGGAUAUUAUUAUUAAUUGGCUAAUGCAACACACAAAGUAGAGGAAACAAUGGUUCUGAAUGUUCCUUCAUGUAUUUUUUUGCGGCUUGAAAAAAAAAAUGUUUGCACUUUUUUGCUUUAUUUUUCGUUUUUCCAUAUAAUGAUUGAAACCACAACUUUAAAUUUAAACUCAGUCUUGUCAAGUCUCUAACGGCAUUUAUCUGGUGCUUUAAUCCAGAGCAGCCUAUAAUGACCGGGCAGGUGGAAGGUUCAGUGUCUUGCUCAAGCACACUUGAGGACACGUCCCACUGCUGCAAGGCAUUUAACCUUCCAUUAGGCCAGCUUAAAUUCUUAUAGGGGAAAAAAAAACUGCUGGCAGUGUUACAUACAGUUUCUUGAUAUUACUGGAGAAAUCAGUAUUUUUUGUGUGUUUUAAUUUGCAGAUACUGCUUUCUUUUUACUUGUUUGAAGAAAGGCAAGUUUUUUCCCCACUCAUUAUGGGCCUAAACGACAUGUCGAAAUGGACAUUUUUGCAGUGUAAGAAAGGUUUACAGGACUGUCUUUUGUAAUCGCCGUUUAUUCCCCCGAGAAAGGAUAUUUAUGAUUUCGCAAAUGCUACCGAACUUUUAUCAAAUCCCGUUUUUGAGCCCCAUGCACUCCAUUUUACGGGAUAUGGUUAUACAGAUCAUAAGUUAUGUGAUAUAAAGGAAUUCCCCCUUCUUUAUAAUUGAGAAUAAUGUGAAACAAAUUGAGCAUUUUCACAUUUUCUCCAUUAAAACUGUGUCAGGCACUUUAAAAACAGCAGGCAUUUCGUUUCAGCAAAGAAGGUGGCUCAGCUGCGUAAUGACACUUCAAAUCAAGCUUGUGAUCCUCCCCGGCCUCGUUGAAUAACAUUGUACUUAAAUUUGCACUUUCUUGCCGAGGCAUGCUGUUCUUAAAGUAGCAGCCUGCAGUUUAUUUAAGGACUUACUUCUAGAAAAAAGUGUAUUGAUUUCGUUAUAGCCUAUGUAAAGUGUAAAGUAUGAUAUUUCGCAGUUCAGUGGAGAAGUGCUGUAUACGUUUGUUUAUAAGUGAUAUGGUUUAUGGACAAUAUUUUCCUUCUGUCCAUUGAGGUGUUCGUUUUUGAAUAAAUUUAAUUUAAAAUAUCAA